AUGGGCUUGACCGGGAUGGGCUCCACCCAAAUCAACUUGCACCAUAGCAAAGGAGCCUCGGCUGUUCUUGCCAGGCGCCAAGCUGGAGUACACACAGCCAUAUCACUAAUACAAGAGCCUUGGCUGGUCCGAGGCUGUAUUAGGGGUCUGGCGGGGUGCGGCAGGCUCUUUAGGCCACCGCACGAAGAUCGGCCCAGGGCCUGUGUGGCCGUUAAAGGGCUGGAAAGCCAGCUGUUGCCGGAUUUCUGUUCCAGGGACUUGGUAGCAGUAGUGAUUGAGGACGCCAGCGGGACCGGGAUCAAGAGGAAGAUGGUAGUGGCGUCGGGCUACUUCCCACACGAAGAGGACGAUCCGCUGACAUCGGACCGGGUUGUACGACUGGUGGAGUUCUGCCAAAAGGAGCAACUUCCCCUUAUACUGGGGUGCGAUGCAAACGCGCACCACACGGUGUGGGGGAGCACGGACACCAACAGAAGAGGCGAAAAGCUGUUGGAAUUUCUGGUGUCCACAGACCUAAAGAUUCUCAACAGAGGCAGGGAGUCUACCUUUGUCACGGCGGUGAGAAGGGAGGUUCUGGACCUAACUAUCUGUUCAAGACAGGUAGUGCAAGAGGUGACCGGCUGGAGGGUCUCUGACGAGCCCUCAUUGUCGGAUCACAGACAGAUCACCUUCAGGCUGGCUAAGGUGCAAGCGAAGGUAAGAACAGUGAGGGACCCGAGGAAGACGGACUGGGACUCGUUUCGAGAGGACCUGGCUGUCGGUCUUAGGGAGUUUCCCAGAAAACAUGGGACCCCGCAAGAGAUCGAGCUGUGCGUCGAGCACCUGCAAAGGGUUCUCGUCGGCAGCUUUGAGAACAACUGUCCGGAAAGGAUAGUGAGGAAUACUAGGGAAGUCGCCUGGUGGAACCCCAAGCUGCAGGAGCUCAGGAGUGCUGCACGUCGUGCCUGGAACAGGGCCAGGAACACGGGCCGCCAGGUUGACUGGGAACUUCACCGAAGGGCUCAGAAGGCAUAUAGAGACUCUGUGGAAAGGACUAAAAAGGAGAGCUGGAGGAGAUUCUGCGAGUCGGUGGAGGGGAUACCUGAAGCCGCUAGGCUCGGCAGAGUCUUAGCCAAAGAUCGGGACGCGGCUCUGGACCGUUCGGCUCGACGACGGGACGACGGCGUCUAG